AUGAUACUAGAGGCGUCACCGACACUUCGAAUAGAACCACCAAAGACCUCUAGGAAGGCAACAUCAAAUUGGGCAAAAGUUCGAUACUAUGUCCCUUCUCUCGAUUGGAUACCAAACUAUUCUAUAUCCCUGCUUGGGGGUGAUGUCCUGGCAGGUGUCACCGUUGCUGCGAUGCUCAUACCGCAGUCUGUCAGUUAUGCGUCCUCACUCGCCAAGCUCAGUCCUGUAACAGGCCUGUUUUCUGCUGCUAUACCUGGAAUCGUCUACGCACUCCUUGGCUCGUCUCGCCAAUUGAAUGUCGCGCCAGAAGCUGCGCUUAGUCUUUUGGUCGGCCAAGCCGUAUCCAAUGCGCUUCAUUCUGACCCUCAUGACCAUCCUGCAAACCCAGAUGCGGUCGGUUUGGCUGUAGCCAGUGCCAUCGUAAUACAGGUCGGAUUGAUAUCAUUCGUCCUGGGCUUCCUCCGGCUCGGCUUCCUCGAUGUCGUUCUUUCCAGAGCCUUGCUCCGAGGGUUCAUCACUGCAGUUGCGUUCGUCAUAUUAAUUGAGCAGCUUAUCCCAAUGUUCGGUCUAGUGGCUCUCGAACACCACGUUAAUCCGCAGACUACUUUCGAUAAAGCUCUUUUUCUCAUUGAAUAUGGAUUCACGCACUUCCACCAGCCAACAGCCAUCGUCAGUUUCGGGGCUCUUCUCACACUGAUGCUUUUGCGUAGUGUGAAGAACUUAUUCAAGAACUACCCUUGGAUAUACCGCAUUCCGGAGGUAUUGUUAGUGGUCAUCGUAUCCACGAUUCUUUCCGAUAAGUUUGACUGGGAUCAGGAUGGAAUCGAGAUCCUUGGCUCAGUGCCUAUCAAUACGGGCAAACACUUUUUCAAGUUCCCUCUUCAUCACUCGCAUUUAAAGUACCUCAGAGGAACAACAUCCACUGCUGUGUUGAUUGUGGUCAUCGGCUUCCUUGACAGCAUAGUCGCAGCGAAGCAGAAUGCGGCGCGCUUUGGCUAUUCUAUCAGUCCAAAUCGCGAGCUUGUCGCUUUAGGAGCUGCGAACUUAGCCGCAUCUUUUAUUCCUGGGACGCUACCUGCCUAUGGAUCUAUCACUAGAUCGAGAAUCAAUGGCGAUGUUGGAGGACGAACGCAGAUGGCCUCACUCGUAUGCUCUGGCCUUGUACUUCUAGCGACAUUUUUCUUGCUUCCAUGGCUCUAUUACCUGCCGAAAUGUGUCCUUGGAUCUAUUAUCUGUCUGAUUGUCUUCAGCCUCAUCGCGGAGACUCCUCAUGACGUGAUUUUCUAUUGGAAAAUGCGGUCAUGGAUGGAUAUGACUCUCAUGGGUCUUACUUUCGUCUUUUCUAUCAUCUGGAACGUUCAAGUUGGGGUGGUUGUCAGCCUUAUCAUUUCCCUUCUAUUAGUAUUGAGGCGCUCAUCGCGGACGCGGAUGACGAUUCUGGGUCGUAUCCCUGGAACUGACAGGUGGAAGCCUAUCAACGAAAACCCAGAAGCUGAGGAGGAUGUUCCAGGAGUUCUUAUUGUUCGGAUUAGGGAGAAUCUAGACUUCGCGAACACCGCACAACUCAAAGAACGAUUGCGCCGUCUUGAACUGUACGGUGUCGACCCGAGUCAUCCGUCGGAGGCACCUAGACGACAACAAGCUAGAGUCAUCGUGUUCCAUGUCGCAGACGUCGAGUUAUGCGAUGCUUCAGCUGUGCAAAUCUUCUACGAACUGUUUGAGACUUACACGAGUCGUGGCGUCAGUGUCUUCAUCACGCAUCUACGAGCAGGUCCUCGUGAGAUGUUCGAGCGCGGUGGAAUAGUCAAACUCCUUGGAGAGGAUGCGUUUUACGAGGAUGUCGGCACUGCUAUCAACCAUUUAGCGAGGGAUGCUAUUUUGUUACGUUACUGAGACUUGCACUUUUACAGAAAUACACGCCUUCACGAUAUCACGACC